AUGAAAGGAGACACCCCAGUGAACAGCACCAUGAGUGUCGGCCAAGCCAGGAAGCUGGUGGAGCAAUUGAAGAUUGAAGCCAGCUUUUGCAGGAUCAAGGUAUCAAAGGCGGCUGCAGACCUGAUGGCAUACUGUGAUACCCACGCCAUUGAGGACCCCCUCAUCACCCCUGUGCCCACCUCGGAGAACCCAUUCAGGGAGAAGAAGCUCUUCUGUGCACUCCUUUGAGACAAGCCACAGGAUGGUUGUGAAAAACAAUGUCCAGACAA